AGACAAGACAAGACGUACGUCAAAGUUCAGUCAGUUUCUGAUUGACAAAAAUAUGUCAAGUUAUUCUUUGAAAUUCUGGAUUUCACUUGAAAUAAUCGGAUUGAACCCAACUAUACCUGUAAAUAAGUCAACUUUAUAUUAGGUAUCGUGUCAUUGAUAUUUUGUUUGAAUUCGUGUACUGUAACCAAGAUAAAUUGAGAUGACACUGAAGAAAAUAAUAGGGAAAUUGCUAAAACUUGGUUAAGCCAUAAUAGUUCUAAUUAUUGUAUUUAAUCUAGCCACAUAAUAGCAAACAUGGCAACAAAACAGAAAAACAUAUUUACACGGAGCAAGCCUUUGAUGAACAUCUAUAGUGGUCUAGACCAUGAAGGAAAGGAGGUAGAGGUUCGUGAGGAUGCAGAGCAGUUAGUGAAGUGGCAUGAGAUAUCCGAUGCUCUGGUUGCUGCAGGGUACUACCGGGCCCAGCUACAGGGGCUCUCUGCAUUUGACAAGAUUGUGGGUGGGCUCACAUGGUGCAUAGAACUGUGUGACAUAGAUGUUGAUAUCAGCCUCCUAUUUGAAGAGAAUCUCACGAUUGGUAAAAAAAUAGCAUUAACAGAAAAAAUAGUAAAAGUAUUACCAUCAAUGAAAUGUCCUCACACUAUAGAACCUCAUCAAAUCCAAGGUUUAGACUUUAUCAAUAUUUAUCCACUAAUUUUGUGGCUAAUAAAAUAUUCAAGCGAGUUCAGGGAGGCCAAGGAAGAUGAAUUGAGGAAGUUUGCAGUUAUGCAAUAUGAUAAGUGUCAUAUAUUUGAGUCAGAUAGGGCUGUCUUUGUUCAAAAAGAAAAACUGCUAAGAAACUUGGCUGUUGUACAGAAUUUGUAUAAGCCAUGCAGAGUACGCAAAAGGAAGGGAGGGCUUCCUGCCAAUGAGCUAGAACAAGUAAAUGCCACACUGUCUGAGUAUGAUCAACGCAUGCUAAUGCAUGUGUCUGCCAAUAAAGCUGAUGUCAAAAAUGAUGAUGGGUUAGACUUUUUGUAUGAUUAUGAGAAAACUUUAGCAGACCCUACAGAAAUUACCACUGAGGCUAAUAGAUAUGUGAAGGACCAAGAAAGCAAAGGAACUGAUGCGGAUACAAAGAUUCACUAUGCAGUCUUACAUUCUGAGCUCACUGGAGAGGUUUCCAAAGAGUUGGAAGAGAGAGAAAAACAAAAAUAUUCUGAAGAUGUUGAUAGACUUACUAAAAGCAUUGAUGUUCUGGAGAAAGAAAUACAAACAUUUAAAGAAACCCACCAAGGCAGAAUGGAAAACACUAAGAAACAAUACUCAAAUGUACUCGGCAAGAUGCAAAAGAUUACUAAUAAGUUGAUGAAAACUGAUGGGUUUAGUGAUAAAGAUAUGAAACAUUUCUACAAGUCCCUCAAGGAGCUAGCAAGGGAAAGAAACGAAUUAUUGCAAGUGAUUCAGCAUAGGAACAAGGAACAUAGUAAACUACAAGAUAAAUUGCAGGCAGCAAAAGAUCCGGACUCCAAAAUCGAAGAUAAGCCGCUAUCGCCUGCUGAAUUAAAAGAGUUCAAUGAAAGAGAAGAGAAGUUGAAGGGCUUCAUAACUUCAAUGAGAUUGGAACUUGCCAAGUUAAACAGAGAGGUGCUACGGUACUCUACUGCCAUUGAUGAAGUGCCUGGCACUGCUGAGCUGCUGCAGUAUGAGAAGAGGUUCAUCGAACUUUAUAACCAAGUUGCAUCAAAGCAUAAGGAAACGAAACAGUAUUACAUAUUCUACAAUACAUUACUUGAAGUGAAACUAUAUACCUCAAAAGAGUUGAGUCUGCUCAACUCCAUCCUGGAUAACUAUGAAGAAGCUAUGUCUUCAGUCAGAAAGCGAGAAGAGUUCAUGAGUCAGUUCGAAUCCAUAGUGGAUUGGGUCAACCACACGGUCAGGAAGGUCGAAGAAAAGUUCAAGAGUGAAAAGGAAAGGAAAAAUGAUCUCUACAACGAAUACUCAAGGUUGAUGGAUGUUCAGAGACAGUAUGCUGCCGCAUUGAAGAAAUUAGGGGAACAACGCCAGAAGAUUGACACAGACAGACACAGUUGACCUACUAACGAUAUCUCUUAAAUAUUCUGAAGACCUUUAUCUCGCUUUUAUAUUUCCACAAGCAUAGUUUAUCUAGUCCCCAGUUAUUAGAAUAUUAAUUAUUUUCUACUUUUAUACAUAUUCAUUCCAGAGCCCUCAAACAUAUAAUUUAAGACUGAAUAUAGGUUUUAUAUUGUUCAAUGUAUUUGUAAUUCUGUGUUUGUAAAGUAUAAUGCUAAAUUUAUUUAAGAAUAAAUAAAUAACA